AUGGCACUACGACGUUUUACUUUAAGUGUUAUUCAGUUUAGUGUUUCUGAAGAUAAAUGCGACAAUAUUCGACGAGCCGUCGCUUUUAUCAGAACGGCAGUUGCAGCCGGUUCAAAAUUAGUAGCUCUUCCUGAAUGUUUUAAUUCACCAUAUGGUACCCAAUAUUUUAAAUAUUACGCCGAAGAAAUUCCCAAUGGAAUGACAAGUACUGCUUUAUCUGAAGUUGCAAAAGAUUGUGGUGUUUAUGUUGUUGGUGGCUCUAUUCCUGAAUGUGAUGGAAAAAAUUGGUAUAACACAUGUACUGUUUGGAAUCCUUUUGGUGAAUUAAUUGCUACACACAGAAAACUUCACAUGUUUGACAUUGACAUUCCUGGUGGUGUUCAAUUUAAAGAAUCAGAUAUUCUUACACCAGGAAAGGAAUUAACCACUUUUCAGACAGAAUUUUGCAAGAUUGGAUUAGGAAUAUGCUAUGAUUUGAGAUUCGAGGAAAUCGCAAGACUUUAUAGAAAACAAGGAUGUGAUAUGAUACUUUACCCUGGAGCUUUCAAUAUGUACACAGGUCCUUUGCACUGGGAAAUCCUUCUUAGAACUAGAGCUGUCGAUAAUCAAGUUUUUGUUGCUGGUAUUUCUCCUGCAACAGAUAAAUCAGCUAAGUAUGUGGCCUAUGGUCAUUCCAUGGUAGUUAGUCCCUGGGGUAAAAUUUUAACCCAGGCUGAACAUGAAGAUGCUAUAUUGUAUGCCCAGAUAAAUCUAGAUGAAAUUAAAGAUGCUAGAAGUCAAAUUCCGACUGGUGACCAAAGAAGACAUGACUUGUAUGAGACAAUUUACAAAGCCUGUGGACACUGCUCAAAUAUUCCAUGCAAUCCAACAUCUAAACAUUAAAUAUAGUAAAACUUUUAGGUAGACUAUUAGUAUUUUGUUUUUUCAUUUUUAUUAAAUAAAUUUUUUUACAAAGCUGU